UUCUCGCCCCUUCCUCACUCUUUCCCUCCUCUCCAGCAAUUAGGUCUGGUUGCAAGACCAAAUCUCAUCCCUGCAACUAGAUUCGGACCAUCCAAUCACCAAGGAGAGAUCAUUGGUUGCAACUGGAUCUACUUGCCAGGGAGGAGAGGAAGAGAGAGAGAGAGAGGCGCAACAUAAGGAGGAGAGGAGAGAGAGGAAGAGGGAUAGAAAAAAGAGGAAAAGGAUAAGGGAAGGAGAACUGGGGAGGGGCAGGGAAUAAAAGGUAGUGGUAGCAAGUGGCGAAGGAGAAAGAAGGAGAAAGAGAGAGGUGGUGGUGGUGGUAGUGUAUCAAUGGUGCUUGUGUGGAGUAGAGAAAGAAGAAAGGAAAAACAAAAGAAAAUAAAAAGAAAAGAAAGAAAAAAAUUACUAUCUGUUUGGGCAUCCAUUAAGAUAUAUUUCAAUUGUUAGUUUUUUCGAAGUAUAAGAUUAAUUAAAGAAAGUGUACAAAUGCAAGUGGAUUAAUUAGAAAAAAUAUAUAAAUGUAAGAGAAAGUGAUAAUUAUAAUGUGUAUAAACAUGGUACAUUGGGCAACUGCUAAUGAGUGUCCAUAAGGCAUAUGUUAGAGAAAUACAAAAAGCUGAAAAACUUAAAUAAAAAAAAGAAGGGAGAUUUGUAAUUUUGGUCCCCAAUCUAUAGUGUAUGCGCGGAAUUAGUCCCCAAUCUAUUUCGAAAAUCAAUUUUGGUCCCCAAUCUAUUCAAUUUUGCGCUAAAAGUGGACAAUUGAUGGAAUUUCUUCAAUUUCAACCAGAACCAAGUCACGUGAGAUCACGUGCCGGCACCUAAAACCUCUUUUUCAAUUUUUUUAAUUUCUGAAACAUGUUUUUUAAUAUUUUCAGCUUUCUCUUGCCUUUUGUCUUAUUAAACAAAGACAUGAAAGGCUAAAAUUCACUAAUCAAGGAGUGGAGCCCACCAAAAAGGUUGAAAAUUAGAAAAAGAAACAUUUGCUCUCGUAUUUCUCAACCUUGGUCUCUUCUCUUCAGCAAAAGAACAACGAACCCUAAGAGUGAAAAUCAAGAAUCAAAACAUGAAAAAAUACGGAAAAAUCUUGCCGAAUUCAGUCAAGCUGAAGCUCCUCGUGGCUUUGCAAAGCAAAAAUGGCAGCGAGACCUAAGAAAAUGAACAAGCUGGCAGCACCUAAUUAUGACAGUGAUAGCACGGAAGUGACUAUGAAGUGUCACUUAUGGGGAGAAUAUGAAACUGAACCUGAUGUUCAUUAUGAGGGAGGUGAAUUAAGGGUGUUUGAUCAUGUAGAGGUCACAGGUAUAAGCCUUUUUGCAAUGGAUAGAAUGUUAGAAAGUCAGAUUGGAGCUAUAGGUGAAAAGAAGUACCACAUUUUGAUAGAGGAACAUGGCUUCCGUUUGUUAAAGCAUGAUAGAGAAAUGCAUGCCUAUUGUGUUGAUCAAUUUGAGUAUGGAAGGGUAGUUGAUUUGUACAUAGAAGUUUCUUUUAGUGAGUUAUUAGCAUCACAAUGGGGGUCUGAUGUUGAUGAUGAAGAUUUUGAAUUAGAAGAUGAAGAUGAUGAAUCUGAUAGUAAAUAUAUAGAGGGUUCUGAUUCUAGAGAAUUCUCAGGAAAAGAUUCAGAUUAUGAGCAAAAUUCUGAUGACAAUGAUAAUAAAGAAAAUGUUGAUUAUAAUUUAGAAUGGUUAGGGGUAGAAAAUCACAGGAAAGAGCAGCUUAAGAGGAAUGAAAAAAAGGAAUGUGUAGAGGAAACUAGGGGACAAACGGUGAGUAAUUCUGAUACUGAUGAUGACAACUCCGACAUAGAUGUUGCACCAGAUUCAGGUUCAGAUAUUGAUAGUCUCCAAGGUUCAGAUAAAGAGGGUCAUUCAAGACCCCCUAUGUAUGACCCCAAGGAUGCAGAUAACCCCAAACUUGAAAUUAGGCAGGUAUUUACCACAUUCAAGGAGUUUAAAGAGGCAGUUAGAACCUGGAAUAUCAAGCGGGGUAGACCAUUUAAAUUUAUCAAGAGUGACACCAUUAGAAUUAGGGCAAUUUGUCCUAAAAAAGAUGUGACUGGUGCAUAUAUGCUAGGAAGAUGAAAGGUGAUGGCAGAUUGAAAGUUAGAACAUUCCAGCAGAAGUACAAGUGUGGGUUUUCAUAUCAUAACAAGAGUGUCAAAUCUGGGUGGGUUGGCAGAAAAUAUGUUAACACAUUUAGAGAGAAUCCCAAGAUGGAUUAUGCUAGCUUCAAAAUCCUGGUAAUGAAAGAGAACAAGUGCUAUUUGAGUAGACAUCAAGGCUAUAGAGCUAAAAAAAUUGGCAAGGAGUUGGCCCAAGGUAGUGAUGUGGACCAGUACAAUAAAUUGUCCAAGUAUAUCAAUGAAAUCUUGAGAAGUAACCCAGAUAGUACUGUAGUAAUGAAGGUGGCAGAAGACUACUGUGAUUCAGUCACCAAACAAGGAAAUUUUCAAAGAUUGUACAUGUGCUUUGCUGGGGUGAAAAAAGGAUUUUUAGAUGCUUGCAGACCUGUGUUUGGAUUAGAUGGGACAUUUCUCAACGGUGCAGCUGGUGGAGUAUUACUGACAGCAGUUGGAGUUGAUCCAAAUAAUGGUUUGUAUCCAAUUGCUUAUGCAGCAACUGAGGGAGAAACUAAGGAUUCCUGGAUUUGGUUUCUUACUUUACUUAAGGAGGAUCUAAAAAUUGAAAAAGAUGAUGAAUGAACCAUAAUGAGUGACAAGCAGAAGGGCAUAAUUCAGACAUGUGAAACAGUUUUUCCAGGGGCUGAUCAUAGAUUUUGUGUGAAGCAUAUGCAAAGCAAUAUGGUAGCUGCUGGAUUCAAAGGGACAGCCAUGAGACAAGCUCCAUGGAAAGCAGCUAAGGCAACUACUCGUACACAAUAUAUAAGAAGAAUGGAAGCCAUAUCAGAAUUGGAUAUUGAUGCAAUUAAGUGGUUAGAGGACAAGAAUCCACCAGAGUGGAAUAGAUCACACUUCUGAACAUUCCCUAUAUGUGAUAUGUUGUUGAAUAACAUAUGUGAAUCAUUUAUCAGCAAAAUAUUAGAUGCCAGGGAAGGGUCCAUUGUUGUCAUAAUGGAGGCAUUGAGGCAUUUUGUCAUGCAAAGAAUGCAAGAAAAUAGAAAUAGAGCUAGGGAAAAGUGGAGUAAAUUUGAUUUCUGUCCAAAAAUUAGAAAAAGGAUGAGGGUCAAUAUUGACAAGGCAACUUACUAUGUGCCUUACAAAUCAAACGAUGUCAGUUUUGAACUUGCUUAUCCUUAUGGUGAAAAGUGGGCAGUCAAUAUUGAGGAUAGGACUUGCUCAUGCAGGAAAUGGGAUUUGACAGGGAUACCAUGUGCUCAUGCAAUUUCAGCUUUGUGGAUGCUAUGAAGGACCCUAUGUAGUACAUUGAUGACUGUUAUAGUGUUGAAACGUAUCUUAAGUGUUAUGACCCUUGCAUUUUACCUGUGAAUGAAAAGCAUGAGUGGGAAGAUGUAGAUGUUCAGGCACCCCUGCCACCAACUUAUGGAAGAACACCAGGAAAACCAAAGAAACAGAGGAGAAAAUCUGCUGAUGAGAUACAGCAAACAAAAGAGCAGGGCAAGAAAGUGAGGAGAUUUGGUCAAAUCUGUAAAUGCUCAUUCUGUGGUGAGCAAGGUCAUAACACACGGACAUGUAAGCUUAGAGAGGAAGCAGGUGUUGCAGCCAGUCAAAAUAAUAAACAGGGGCAGGAAACACAAGCAAAUCAGGAUAUGAAUCUCUCACAACUAGAUGACAUGAUAGUAGAUAACUCUGUCAGGGGCAACACUUCAAAUGCAAAAAAGACAAGAACAAAAACAUCAAGAAAAUCUGUUGUAAUUUUAUUACUUAAUGUACAUUUAGUUAUUGUUUCUUGUGAGUUCAAUAUUUAGUGGUUAAAUGCUGAUGUAUUGCCGGGAAAUGGCACCAAACGAAGUGCAAAGCAAAUAGAUUCAUCACAGAACAACCCAGCAACUAGAGAUGACAACAUAAUAUCUUCUGCCCCUACUGCUCAACCAAACCUGCAUGAAGCUUUUGGGAUCCUAGAAAAUUUUGUGGUACAUUGCAGUCAACCAGUUGGCCAAGGAGGAUCUGUACCUUUUAGGAUCAAAGAUGUUCAAAUCCACCUUACAAUGACAAAGGGAAAGCCAACAUCAACUAACUGAUAAUCUUGUACCUAGCUUAAUGUUGCUAGUCAGCACCUUUUGGAUGGUUGUGUUGCUGAAUUUGAAAUAUUUUAUUGUCAGAUUAGUAGCUUUUGUACAUUAGUAUUUGGAACUCAUGUAUCUUGAGAACAAGCCAGCUACCAUAUUGCUCAUUUUCAAGUUUGUAAUCAUUUCUGGCAAAUGACAAAACAAUGUCUAUUUGAUGGUUGUAAUGAAUUCUGAAUGUAUCUUUUGUACAUUGGUUCCAAGUUAGCAAUGAAUUCUUCUUUUA